AUGUUAGUUUUUUACCCAUCUCUGGAGUCAGAAGAGGAUAACCCUGUCUUCAAAUCCAGAUCCAAGAAGAGGAAAGGUUCAGAUACUCCAUACAGCCCCACAGCGCGUGUCGGUCCCUCUGUGCUUCGUCAGGCGAGGCCGGCCAGAGAAGGAGCGCGAGUGGCGUCCAUAGAGACAGGACUGGCAGCUGCUGCAGCCAAACUCACACACCAGAAGGAGCAGCAGAAGACCAAGAAAAAGCAGAAGAGCACAAAAAAGAAGCCCCCUGCUCCUUUGAGAGAGGAGGAAGAAGAGGAGGAGCCAGUGAGGAAGCUGAGUAGGGACAGCAGUUCUCCAGAACCAGACGCGGCCCGGGACUCCGAGCCUGGUCAGACCGACCAUGAAUACUCCUCUGGGGCAGGAGGGAAGCAGGCUGGGGGGCCCCAACCCAUGGCCCCUGGAGUCUUCCUUACACAGAGACGACCCUCUACCUUUUCAUCAUCUCAAAACAAUAACAACAACAACACAGCCAAGGGGGAGCGAGGAGCCGCAGGAGGAGCAGGUGGAGCAGGGAAGGGUGACGCAAAGGGCGAAGCAAAACGGCUAAAGAAAGGCAUGGCGACGGCCAAACAGAGACUAGGAAAGAUCCUGAAGAUCCACCGCAACGGGAAGCUCCUCCUGUAACAGGAAGUGACUGGCUACGGAGCGUUGGCAUUGGCUCCUGCAGUACUCUUAGCAUAUGAACUGGCUCCAUCUCCUCUCCUUUGAUUGGUGCUGGGCUAACAGACAGACUGAAACAGUCGACGUUGGUUUUGCCUAUACUUAAAAGUGUACAGAAUAAU